AUGUCAAGCAAAAGUGACUGUCAUCAAAUGUUAGAAGAUUUGACAAUUGAGAUUCUUUUGAGGCUUCCUGUGAAAUCGCUUACGCGAUUUAAGUCUGUCUGCAAAUAUUGGUAUACUCUCAUUAGAAGUUCUACGUUCGUUAAUAAGCACAUCAACCAUCAUAGCAACAAGGCCCGUCUCCUUAUUCAGCAUUACAAUUACAGCACUGAAACACAUGUUUUUGCCUUGUUCCCAGAUGAAAUGCUUGCUAGCUUUCCCCCUGUAUAUUAUGAUAUUCAGAAACCCUGUCAAUCACGUGAUAUUAUUGGUCACUGUGACGGCAUACUUGGUCUUUGGGAUUGGGAUGAUAGCAUAAUUCUAUGGAAUCCUGCUACAAGAGAAUUUAGACACCUCCCUAUGCCAAACCCCAACAUUCCACCCGAUUUUAGCCCUAUUCAGUAUAAAUUUGGAUUUGGGUUGGAUCCCACAACUGAUGAUUACAAGCUGGUUUUGAUUAGAAAUUAUUGGGAUUCGGAAGGAUUUUCUUCAUAUGAUGCUUCAAUUAUUGUAGUAUAUUACCUAUCUACUAAUUCUUGGAGAAUUUUUGAAGCUGAUUUGACUCGAGUUUGUUAUGUGCAUGAUUCUAUAUGUAGCACAUGCUUGAACGGAGUAUAUUAUUGGUUGACUAGUGAGCUUGGUAAGCUUGAUUGGAGUACUACUUACUAUUACAAUGCGAUCCUUACAUUUGAUUUGAGUAAUGAGUUUUUUGGAUAUAUACUAGGACCUCAAGAUAUUCCCAUAUUAAAUUUGGGGACUCUCAUUAUAUACAAUGAUUCUGUUUCUGUGAUCAGUUUUAAUCCACAUGAGGUUGAGAAAUACUUUGACAUAUGGGUGAUGGAGGAGGAGAGCUGUUGGACCAAAGAAUUAACUAUCGGACCCUUUUUAGAUGUUGAAAGGGCACUUGGGUUUUGGAAAAAUGGUGAGCUUUUUUUAGAAACUACCACUUUAGACCUAGUUUUAUACAACCCUAAUAUCCAAGAGACUAAAGAUUUUCAAAAUCGUGGACUGUACAAGCUGGAGAGCCUUAGGAUUUUUAUGUACAAGGAGAGUCUCGUUUCAGUCAAUGGAGCAAAUGAAUACUCGGAAAGGAGAUAA